AUGGCCCUAGUUGACGAGGAGUAUCUGGAAGAAAUAGAGAAGGCUCGACGCCAACUUCGCCUUCUCAUCACCAUCAACAAGUGCGCCCCUCUCAUGCUUCGCUUAGCGUGGAACGAUGCUUGUACCUACGAUGCCCAAACCCGAACAGGAGGUGCCAACGCUUCUAUUAGGACCCCACAAGAGUUGAAACACCAGGCAAACAUCGGAUUGGAACGAGCAGUUCGAUUAUGUGAGGAAGUCAAGGCCAAACUUAAAAAAGUUUCUUACGCCGAUCUUUACCAGCUUGCUGGUGUGGUUGCAAUUGAGCUCACCGGGGGUCCAACUAUUAACUUUUAUCCCGGUAGACAGGAUUCGGAUGAGUGUCCACCAGAAGGCCGCCAUCUAAGUGGCGAAGAAGAUGCAAAGAGUUUAAGGAAUACCUUUUCUCGUAUGGGUCUAAGGGACGAUAAACAUAUUGUGGCUCUAUGUGGAGGCGUAAGAACGAUAUCAUAUACCAAGGGUCCUUAUGGUCAAUGGACAAAGGACCCUUUGAAGUUUGAUAACUCCUAUUUUGUGGAACUAUUGAGUAAGGAUGCAUCAUCAAGGCUUCCCAUGGACGAUGCUUUAGUAAAGGAUGAAAAAUUUCGUCACUUUGUUGAACUAUAUGCAAAGGAUGAGGAUACGUUUUUCAAAGAUUAUGCAAUGUCACAUGAGAAGCUCUCUGAGCUAGGUUGCAAUCUGAAGAAGCCAAAUCAGCCAAAGGGAUCAUUUGAGAAGCUAAAUCAGCCCAAGGGACUUAUAGGAAUCGGUUUAGUAUCACUUGUGGUGACCGUGAUAUUAGGUUACUUAAUGAAGAAGCGGAAGAAAAACCAAUUAAAGGUCGAAGAAGAUUUAGAUACCAAUCUUUAGAUAUUAUUUGUGAUAUUUUUUAAUUAAAAUUAUAGUUUUAUUUGAUAAUUUGUAUAAGCUUUUAAUAGAAACUCUUAUUUGUAGAUGAUUUGUGACAAAAUUGUAACUUUAGUUGAAUAACAUUAUAAACA